AUGGUAGUGGAUCUUGGUGUGGUGGUAGUGGGCCGCCCUACACCAAGGCAAACUACACCUAGGCAAACGACGACCAAAACUCGAAAACCUCGGAAGAAGACACAAAGUCGAAAAGCUGAUCCUACAACCACAGCAAUCAUGAUGACCACGACCACCAUGAGAACAAGACGAACAACUUCCCAUCAGUCGAGACGAACCACGACAGAACCUUGUACGAAACGGACGACGUGUGCCCCUGAAACGAGACAAACAACCAUCACCACUCAGAAGACUCGGAAUAAUAGAAGAAGACGCCGGCGGCCCACUACCACCACACCAAGAUCCACUACCAUUACUCCAAGAUUCACUGCCACUACUCCAAAAUCCACUGUCACCGGCCGAAGGAAGUUCAAAGGACGCGGAUAA